AAUUUCUUUUUUUUCUGUUGGCAAUCUUGGUAGUUGCGUUGGUAACAGCCUAUCGUUAAAUUAUAUUCAUAUGCCUAGUAUUCGACCGUGAAGCUUAAAUAUUUCUUUUAUAUUACUUUUUAGAAGGUAAUAUUCUAUCAUCAUCAUGGCCGCAACAAUGCCAAUAAAUCCAAAACCAUUUUUAAAUGGUUUAACUGGAAAACCUGUAAUGGUAAAACUAAAGUGGGGUCACGAAUAUAAAGGUUACCUUGUAUCAGUAGAUGGUUAUAUGAAUUUACAACUUGCAAAUACAGAAGAACACAUAGAUGGAAAUUGUACUGGUAAUCUUGGAGAAGUAUUGAUACGAUGCAACAAUGUUAUGUACAUACGUGGUGUAGAAGAAGAAGACGAAGAAGGAGAAAUGAAAGAUUAAAUUUACAUUUAUAAGAUUUUUGUAUUUUUAAUUGCUUGUUUAAAUUAUAAAAUAAAUAAAUAUAAGUCUGUACAACCUUAUAGAAUGAUGUCAAGUAUAAUGAGUUAAUAGGCCAUGUAAAAACAAUAUUUUUAUAAAAUAUGUAAAUACACAAUAAUUUAAUGUCCUAAA